CCUCCAACUCCCUCCUCCAUUCCCUCUCACAUCUGGUUCUCCAUUUCCUCCCACCAAUUCCCAGUCGAGUCCAGAUUUCAUUCGACCUUUUCCCCUCCCAUUCGUGACGCGCAUAUCUAAUCGAUCUAUCUGUCUCUGCCUUCGGCCUCCGAAAUCCGGGGAAGCUUUCCCUUGCAAUUCCACUCGCGCGACCAGACCACUCUCUCCCCUCGCGGCUUCUCUUUCCCCCCAGCCCAGAGGAAAUAGCACAACAACCAAAUACCCUCGAGGACAUUUGCUCUGAAUCGGACUGUCUCGCGGAAGCCCCCCCAUCCAUGCGGUACCCCCUUGCUACGACCACCGCGCCCACGACGACCGACUCCGCCUUCGCCUCCGCCUCCGCCUCCGCAUCCACCACCACCACUGCUCUCAUGAAGCCACCCUCGACCAGACUACAAUCGGGUUCCAGUUCGUUGUUGCCGUUGCUGUUGCGCGUUGAAUCAUGUCGGACUCAGUGGACCGCGUCUUCGUCCACGCCCUCAACACAGUCAAACGGAUUCCGCGGACGGGGACGGCGCGUCCGCCCGCCUCGGAGCGCUUGAAGUUGUAUGGCUUGUAUAAGCAGAGUAUGGAAGGUGACGUCGAAGGUGUCAUGGAUCGACCGGUGGGGAAUACCCCGGAUGUGUUUAUGGAGUGUGAGAAGUGGGAUACGUGGUACGCCCAGCGCGGUCUCUCCCGCACCGAAGCCAAAUGCCGGUACAUCUCCACGCUGAUCGAGACGAUGCAUCAGUAUGCGUCGCAGACGGCCGAGGCCCGCGAGCUGGUCGCCGAGUUGGAGUUCGUCUGGGAUCAGAUCAAGUCGAAUACCGCUUCGUUGGAGUCGUCGGAGUCCGGGUCGGAGGAGCUUCUGAGGAGCCAGGGGUUGGCCGAUUUCAGGUCGCAUCGUGGGUCGGCGGGGGAGAGUGGUGGUGGUGGUGGUGGUGGUGGUGGUGCUGCUUCUUCGGCGUCGGGGCGACGCUUGUCGCGCGAGGAGUAUGCGCGGUGGCUUCUUGCUACGUCGAUAAGGGAGGGCGAAACGGCGGCGGCGGCCUCGUCUCGACAUGAUGGGCGCGGACGUAUUCGCGAGGAGGGCUCGGGGCUGAGGGUGAUGAGUCCCGUGAGUCAGCCGAGUCAGCCGGGGGCGUAUGCUCGGUCGCGUUCCAAGGGAUAUGGCGAUGAUGAGGUAGAUCACGAUGAUGUGGAUGAGGAGGAGGAGGAUGAGGAAGAGGUGUACGCGGAGGCUCAGGAUAAUCUCUAUGAAGACGACGAUGAUGACGACGACGACGACGACGCGGAGGCGAACGACUACCGACCACAACCCCAUCCUCACGAAGCAGUAGAACCCCCCGAUCCCCCGUCCAGAGGGAGACCACGCCGGCCGCCGCCCCCUCCCACACCGGCAUCCUGGCGUCGCCGCGUCGAGCAGGCCUUGACGACGAUGACGGCCGAGAUCGCCGCCGUGCGCGAGCAGAUGGAGGCGCGCGCGCGGGCCCAGCGCCGCCGCUCGGGCGUCUGGGCCUGGGUCCGCUGGUUCCUGUGGGUGUGUUUCCGGCAGGUGAUGGUGGAUCUGGCCAUCCUAGGGGUCCUGUGGGUGUGGAUGCGCCUCCGCGGGGACCGGCGGCUGGAAGUCGUGCUCAAGGUUGGGUGGGCGGAGGUGAAGAGUCGAUUGGGGAGGACGAGGCUCUGGCGGAGGAAGAGGAUCCCUCGAGGUGAUUCUUGAUUUCUGGGCCCAUCCUCCCUCUCCCUCUUUCGCCCUUGUUAGAUGCUGGGUUCUCUGUGGUCUCCUAUGUUCUCGUAUAUAUUAUACACUUCAUUUUUUUUCUGUUGAGCAUGUAUCCAUGCGUGGACAUCUUGAUGAUGAACAUGCUUUUUUUUAUGUCUUGCUGGUUCAUUCUCCAUCGAGAUUUCCUUUUGUCAUCCGUGUCGGUGUACUGUACACUAAACCACAAUGUUAUCAUGUAACAUCUAGACAGGAU